CAGCCAAACGCCGCCCCAAAAGUCAGUAGAAACAGUCAAGAGCAAGGCAAUAGUUGAGAAACUAAAAUUCAUUUAUAAUUUUUAAUAUUUAUCGUGCAAAGAGAGAAGAAAAAUUCAUACGAUUGAAAUGGAUUACAAGCCUGUGCCCACUGUUGUGCCCGUCGCACCGUUUGAUGCAGCCACCGAUAGCCAGACGUUGCGUUCCGCCAUGAAGGGAUUUGGAACGGAUGAGCAGGAAAUCAUUAAUGUAAUCACCUCACGUAGCAAUGCCCAGAGACAAUUGAUUGCAGCCGUCUAUGCCACCGAAUUCGAAAGAGAUCUCACUGAUGAUCUGAAAAGUGAAUUGGGUGGCAAAUUCGAGGAUGUCAUUGUGGCCCUGAUGAUGCCACCAGUUGAGUAUCUGUGCAAGCAGCUGCACUCAGCCAUGGCUGGCAUUGGCACUGAGGAGGCAACACUGGUGGAAAUUCUCUGCACCAAGAGCAACGAGGAGAUGCAACAAAUUGUGGUGGCCUAUGAGGAGAAAUACGGACGUCCAUUGGCCGAGCAAAUGUGCAGCGAAACUUCUGGUUUCUUUCGCCGUCUGCUGACUCUCAUUGUGACUGGUGUCAGGGACUCGCUGGAUACGCCAGUUAAUGCUGAUGAAGCAAAGGAUCAAGCUGCCCAACUGUAUGCCGCUGGUGAGGCCAAACUGGGCACCGAUGAAGAGGUAUUCAAUCGUAUUAUGGCCCAUGCAAGUUUCCGUCAAUUGAAACUGAUCUUUGAUGAGUACAAAGAGCUCUCCGGCCAGACUAUCGAGCAGGCCAUUAAGCAUGAAAUGGCCGAUGAAUUGCAUGAGGCCAUGAUGGCCAUAGUGGAGUGCGUACAAUCGCCGGCUGCCUUCUUUGCCAAUCGUUUGUACAAGGCCAUGGAUGGUGCUGGAACCGAUGACUCUACCCUAAUUAGGAUUAUUGUUUGUCGUUCGGAAAUUGAUUUGGAGACCAUUAAACAAGAAUUUGAACGCAUCUAUAAUCGUACACUUUACAGUGCUGUGGUGGAUUCGGAGACAUCGGGCGAUUAUAAAAGCGCUUUGACAGCACUUUUAGGUGGAGCCUAAAAUGAAUCUGAAUGUUAAGAUCGUUAAAUAAUAUAUGUACAACUAAUUAUUGUAUUCUAAUUGCUAAUACAUUAACAAAGUAUUCCAUAGAUUGGAUGCCUUUUAGAGAA